UGGGAACAGCGGGCAAAAUGACGAACACACCCGACCAUUCCUUGUCAGCCAACUCAAGGAUGGAGGGCCGAGAAGGGGACUUCGGCUGUACCCUCGGGGACCUGCGGAAACUCAUGGAGCUGCGUUCCUCGGAUGCCCUCCACCAGAUCAACACCAACUAUGGAGGGAUCCUGAGCCUCUGCACCAAACUGAAGACCAGCCCAGUAGAAGGACUGUCCGGGAACCCUGCAGACCUGGAGAAACGGAAGCAAGUGUUUGGACAGAACUUGAUCCCCCCCAAAAAGCCCAAGACGUUCUUAGAGCUCGUGUGGGAGGCCCUGCAGGACGUGACGCUCAUCAUCCUGGAGAUUGCGGCCAUCAUCUCCCUCGUGCUGUCCUUCUACCAGUCCUCCACGGAGAUGAACGAGCAGUGUGGCCUGGCGGUGAGUGGCCCCGAUGAUGAAGGCGAGGCCCACGCCGGCUGGAUCGAGGGGGCCGCCAUCCUCUUCUCCGUCAUCAUCGUGGUGCUCGUCACCGCCUUCAACGACUGGAGCAAAGAGAAGCAGUUCCGGGGCUUGCAGAACCGCAUCGAGAGUGAGCAGAAGUUCUCCAUCAUCCGCAACGGACACAUCAUCCAGCUCCCCGUGGCCGAGAUCGUGGUGGGCGACAUCGCCCAGGUCAAAUACGGUGACCUGUUGCCUGCCGACGGGGUCCUGAUCCAGGGUAACGAUCUCAAGAUCGACGAGAGCUCCCUCACCGGGGAGUCGGACCACGUCAAGAAAUCCCUGGAACACGACCCCAUGCUGCUCUCAGGGACUCAUGUCAUGGAAGGAUCCGGCCGGAUGCUGGUGACGGCUGUGGGGGUCAACUCCCAGACCGGAAUCAUCUUUACCCUCCUGGGGGCCAGUGAGGGAGACGAGGUGGAGAAGAAGAAGAAAGGUAAAAAACAAGCCGUCCCUGAAAAUCGCAACAAAGCCAAGACCCAGGACGGAGUGGCCCUGGAGAUCCAGCCACUGAACAGCCAGGAGAACGCCGACGUGGAGGAGAAGAAGACCGCCAAGCUCCCCAAAAAGGAGAAGUCGGUGCUGCAGGGCAAGCUCACGCGCCUGGCCGUCCAGAUCGGGAAAGCCGGUCUCAUCAUGUCCGCCAUCACCGUGAUCAUCCUGGUCCUGUACUUCGUGAUCGACAACUUCCUCGUCCAGCGCAAGCCCUGGCUGGCCGAGUGCACGCCCAUCUACAUCCAGUACUUUGUCAAGUUCUUCAUCAUCGGCAUCACGGUCCUGGUGGUGGCUGUGCCUGAGGGGCUGCCUCUGGCGGUCACCAUCUCCCUGGCCUACUCUGUCAAGAAAAUGAUGAAGGACAAUAACCUGGUGCGCCACUUGGACGCCUGCGAGACCAUGGGCAACGCCACGGCCAUCUGCUCCGACAAGACGGGCACCUUGACCAUGAACCGCAUGACCGUGGUGCAGGCCUUCGUGGGGAACACGCAUCACCGCCAGAUCCCCAGCCCCGACGCCCUGGCGCCGAAGACCCUGGAACUGCUAGUCAACGGCAUCGCCAUCAACAGCGCCUACACCUCCAAGAUCCUGCCUCCCGAGAAGGAGGGCGGCCUGCCGCGGCAGGUGGGCAACAAGACGGAGUGCGCCCUGCUGGGCCUGGUCACGGACCUGAAGCAGGACUACCACGCCGUGCGCAGCGAGGUGCCUGAGGAGAAGCUCUACAAGGUGUACACCUUCAACUCCGUGCGCAAGUCCAUGAGCACCGUCAUCCAGAAGCCCGGCGGGGGCUUCCGCAUGUACAGCAAGGGCGCCUCCGAGAUCCUCCUCCGCAAGUGCAACCAGAUCCUGAAUCAGAAAGGGGACGUGGUGCCCUUCAAGAGCAAGGACCGCGACGAGAUGGUGCGCACGGUCAUCGAGCCCAUGGCCUGCGAGGGACUGCGGACCAUCUGCAUCGCCUACCGCGACUUCAACGGCACCGAGCCCUUGUGGGACAACGAGCCCGAGAUCCUCACCGAGCUCACUUGCAUCGCCGUGGUGGGCAUUGAGGACCCCGUGCGGCCCGAGGUCCCAGACGCCAUUGCCAAGUGCAAGCGAGCGGGCAUCACUGUCCGAAUGGUGACAGGGGACAACAUCAACACGGCCCGGGCCAUUGCCACCAAGUGCGGUAUUCUCACGCCAGGGGAGGACUUCCUGUGCCUGGAAGGCAAAGAAUUCAACCGGCUCAUCCGCAACGAGAAGGGCGAGGUGGAGCAGGAGAAGCUGGACAAGGUUUGGCCUCAGCUCCGGGUGCUAGCGCGAUCCUCCCCCACCGACAAGCACACGCUGGUGAAAGGCAUCAUCGACAGCACUGUGGGAGAACAGCGGCAGGUGGUGGCCGUCACAGGGGAUGGCACAAACGACGGGCCGGCGCUGAAGAAAGCAGAUGUCGGCUUCGCCAUGGGCAUCGCAGGCACAGACGUGGCCAAGGAGGCAUCAGAUAUCAUCCUCACGGACGACAACUUCACCAGCAUAGUGAAGGCCGUGAUGUGGGGCCGCAACGUGUAUGACAGCAUCUCCAAGUUCCUGCAGUUCCAGCUGACAGUCAACGUAGUAGCUGUGAUCGUGGCCUUCACAGGAGCCUGCAUCACGCAGGAUUCCCCGCUGAAGGCCGUGCAGAUGCUGUGGGUGAACCUGAUCAUGGACACUUUCGCCUCGCUGGCCCUGGCCACAGAGCCGCCAACAGAUUCCCUGUUGAAGCGCCACCCUUACGGGCGAAACAAGCCUCUGAUCUCCCGGACCAUGAUGAAGAACAUUCUGGGCCAUGCGGUCUACCAGCUCGUCGUCAUCUUCUGCCUUGUCUUCGCUGGUGAGAAGUUCUUCGACAUCGACAGUGGGAGGAAGGCCCCGCUCAACUCCCCGCCCAGCCAGCACUACACCAUCAUCUUCAACACCUUCGUGCUCAUGCAGCUAUUCAACGAGAUCAACUCCCGCAAGAUCCACGGGGAGAGGAACGUCUUCGGGGGCAUCUUCCGCAACUUCAUCUUCUGCUCCGUGGUCCUGGGCACGUUCAUCAGCCAGAUUUUCAUUGUGGAGUUCGGGGGCAAACCCUUCAGCUGCACGAAGCUCACCCUGUCCCAGUGGCUUUGGUGUCUGUUCAUUGGAAUCGGAGAGCUGCUGUGGGGCCAGCUCAUCUCCAUGAUCCCUACCAAGUCCCUGAAGUUCCUGAAGGAAGCCGGGCACGGCACAGCCAAGGAGGAGAUCACCAAGGACGCCGAGGGGCUGGAUGAGAUCGACCACGCAGAGAUGGAGCUCCGGCGCGGCCAGAUCCUCUGGUUCCGGGGCCUGAACCGCAUCCAGACUCAGAUCGACGUAAUUAACACUUUCCAGACGGGAGCCUCUUUUAAGGGAGUCCUAAAGCGACAGAGUCCGCACCUUGAGAUAACACAUGUUCCUAGCUCCUAUAUCAAAGUGGUGAAAGCAUUCCAUAGUUCCCUCCAUGAAAGCAUUCAGAAACCCAAGAGCCAUAACUCCAUCCACAGCUUCAUGACCCACCCUGAAUUCUCCAUAGAUGAAGAGGUGCCCCGAACACCACUCUUGGAGGAAGAGGAGGACCGUCUGGAAAUGGAAAUGGUUUCUAAGACUGGGGCUCAUGUGCCCCUGUUGGAUGGUGACGCUACUGCACAUGACAAUAAAAACAACAAUGCAGUGGAUAGUAGUCAAAUGCAGAUUGUUGCCUCCCAUUCCGACAGCCCUCUACACAGCCUGGAGACAUCCGUUUGAACUUCAUUCUCGGACUCGCUCCCCACCCUGCUCCCCGUGUUCCUCUUUACUCUCCCCGGUCUAUACCGUCAGGAUGGGACUUUUCACUGUCACGUCAGCUGCUCCCAAGUGUGUGGGAGCCUCUAAUGACCAUACAGAGGAAAGAACAUAGACCUCGAGGAUGUCGACUAAAACUUGAAUCAGGGUUGAUGACAGGACCUAGUUAAACCCCAGGCAGAGAAAUGAGUGGUGGCGGCUGCCCCUUGGGUAUGGUAACUGUCAUUGGAAAGACAUGGCCAUCCCUGGCAUCCGCCCCCCCUCCCAGUUCCAACCCCAAAAUUCAUACAUGCAUCACCAUCUCCUGACUUAGGGAUUUUACCCAGUGACCCUGUGCUAUGUCAAAGCUUACUUGAGCGUUCACAGAGACAGCAUUCCUCAGACAAAAUGUGUUGAGGUAGGGAUGGAAUGUGUGGAAUCAACCUACAGAGAGAUUGUUUUUCAAAGAUGAGUUUCCCAUUGUGAAAACAUAUCCAAAGCCCUCUUGGCUGUCUUUACCCUUCCAGUCAAACCUAAGAUUCUUUUCUUGGCCAUUUUUAACUAUUGUCUUAUCUUCACUUUAUAUAUAUACAUAUGGAAAAAAGUUGUGAUGAUUAAGAAGAUAGAAAUGACGUCAGUGAUUUGGGUCAACUUUGCCUCUUGUCCCUCCUGACUCCAUCUAGGACGAGAGAGAUCAUCCCAGCCCGUUCCCUUGCUUUUAGUCCAAGAGACAGACAGGGUUUUUUUUGCCCCAAGAGUUCAUUGGAAGCAGUGGAGAGCUGGUAAGAAUGUGUUCCUGUUUGUUACUGCCUCCUAACCUGCAGUCUGGUCAGAUGCGCAUGUCUGCCAGGGCCAGGCCUGACGGUGUGUGUGGUAUGUAGCUAUUACUAUUAGCUUGCUCUUUCUGCUGUUGCUCGAGUGGUGGGAAGAGAAGGAACUGAGAAUGAUACUGCCUCCUGACUGAACCUGCAUGUGGAGGAACCGAGUAGUGGCAAGAUCUAGGACGAGAGAGAUCACCCCAGCCCGUUCCCGCAGGGACUGCCUAGGAAUGACCACCACUGCUUUCCAAGCCAUCUGCCAAGACUUCCAGGCCAGGGCGGGCUGUGUCGGGGGAGUGAGUGUUGGAGAUGGGGGUCCGAAUGAUCCGAGAAUCCCCUUCCUCUGAGAAACCAGAAACUUGUUUUUCUACUUCUGUUCUUCGUCAGAUCCCCCUUCCUCCCCUGCGAAGGGUCCAAAAGGGGGUCCAAACUUUUCUCGAAGACUCUGGUUUUAUGAAUAUUGUCCUGAGCGGAAAGUUCCAGUGACAUUCUAACUGAGCUCUGCCAGCUCGCCCCCUUCCUCACACCCCUGCGCAGGUCCCGCGGGCCACACUGCAGGCUGUGCCUGCCUUCCCGCCCCGCUGCCCACUGCGGCCCCUUCCCACCAGCCUCUCAGAGCCGGGGACCACGAGGAGAUCGUGUCUCCGCGCUCCGGAUUGGGACCAAGUGGAGCCACGCUUGCAGGUGCUCGUGUUUGUUUGUUAUUAUUUUUUUUAAUCCCUGUUAAGGCAUCCCUCUGUGCUGGGGGUAGCUCGAGUCUGUCUGUUCCCAUCUCCCCUGAGAUAAAUGAAGUCAGUCGGCUGUUUCUUCCGAGAGUGAGAGGGAUGGGGAGACGAGGUCGGGGGCCUCUACGAGCUGCCAGAUUUCUCCUGGUGAGAAACCGUUCCCUGACAACCUCCCCCCUCUCUCCAGCCAUCUCUUCUAGAGUUCUCCUCCCAUCCCCUCCUUUUUUUUUUGUCUGAACUGCCUGAGGUGGGAAGAGCAAAGAAAGGCCACCCCGACAAUCCCCGUCACCCCAUCACCCACCAAGCUGGAGGCUGGUUUUGAAGACCUUUCAUGAAUGCUUACGUGGUGGGGGAAAGCUCACCGAGGCAUGGCCACAUAUUUAUUGAGUACAUACAUUGGAAGACUGAGUCCUGCCAAGGUUUUUAUUACCUCAAAUCAGUUUUAAAACCAAGCCAAUAAUCUUUGAAGGCUCUUUACAGUCAUUCCCGACUCCCAAAAGACUCUCCUGGUGCCCAACAGCUUACUCUGAAGGGUUUAUGUCAAUUUGCUUUAAGCCAACAGCUUGUGUGUGUGUGUGUGUGUGUGUGUGUGUUAGUGUGUGUAUGUAUGUGUGUAUUCUAGUUUCCAUGGUAGGAGAGUAACAUAGAAAUAUUAUGCAAAAUCUAUAUACUUUUCUUUAGAUCAGAAACUGAUAUUUUUGAGUCAGCCAUAUGUAUUUUGUUUAAAAGGUUGAAAAUAAAGUGCUGUCGUGUAACCCUGUGGUUGGAGCACAUAACCAGGUGUUUUGUGAGACAUGACAGGUGACUCCGUAUGUUUGUAAUUGGUCUUAAAACCAAUGCACCGCACUUCCUUUCUCUGAACAGCCAUCUUUAUACUUAGGGGUCGGGGUGGGGGGAAGUGUUGAGCUCUAGACUUUUUUUAAUAUAAAUUUUGUUGAUACCAAAUUGAGUAAGUUCCAGUGUUUAUAUGCCUAUGUUUUUAUAUAUCAAGGAUUUGUCCUCACCCCCACCCCCAUUCAGUUUCAGUGAUUCAUCUGGCUGUACAUAAGUAAAUACGGCAUAAGUUUCCCCCUCCCCCCCCCCCAAAAUGGUGCUUUGGAUUUGAAAAGGAUCUGAUGGGGAGAAGGGGAAGGCAUCGUCCUGGAUUCCUUUGGAAACAUAGGCAGUGGACAAGAAGGAAGACAUCCAGGAGAGGAGAACCAGGAGGAGAAGCACGUGGCCCUGGGACCAGGGCUGUGCUGGGAUUUACUUCUUGAAAAGCACCUAGCAGAGUGGUACCCAAGACAUGACUGACUUGGGCUGCAAGGGUACCCAGAUUUGAGAUGGACUUUACAGCUUUCUUUUCACCUGCUGCCCCUGGAGUUUGGCAUUGGUGAGUUUUUACGCAAGGAUCUGAGCUAAGAUUCUCCCCCCCCCGGCCCCCCCCCCACACACACCCAAACAGGUGUGGUGUGAGGUAUUUUAACGGGGGAAGAGCAGCAGGUGGACAAAAGAAAGGCUGGUUCUAGCCAAGGUGACAGCCUUGGGGCCCGGGUCUUCCUGCACGAGUCUUCCCCCUGCCCACCGAGAUGAGUCCUCCAGGCCUGAAGGUGGUGUAGAAUUUGCCUGGAAUGUCACUGGUUGUGUGUGCUCUAUCGGGCUGAGUUUUCUGCUUGAGCUUCUGAAUGCAGAGCCACAAACACUAAACCCAGCAGGAUGUGGCCAGCUGGCCUGUGCCAGGGAACCUCUGAGGACAUGAUUUCCUUCCUGGCAGCUGUCCUUGUCUCAGAUGGACAAAGCCUGCCCAAGGCACCAUUACAAAAGGCACGCUUCCUCGUGUGUCCAGCCUAGGGACCACCAGGCCAUCCCAGGGUGGGGGUGGGGGAGAGACACUUAGGAUCCCUUAAGCCAUUUUAGUAGCCCAGAGACACCAGGAUAGACCAGCCACCUUCCUUAGGCUGAGGGCAGCCCUCUGUUGCCCCCUGCCAGGAACCCACCUGUCCCCUUCCCUCCCACCAGGAGAGGGGUCAGGGCGUGUGCUCCGGGCCUCUGAAUGGGCCUGCAGUUCUUCCUCAUGUCUAUAUGCCAUAUGUGAAUAUGUGCCAACAAAUCUGUCCGUUCUUUUAAAUCAGCAGGCACAUAAGGAUUUUGAGGGUUUUUUUUUCUUAAACUACUGUAACAAGCACUAGUAUUUUUGUAUGAAAAAGAAAAAACAAAAACAAAAGAUUGGCAAUUGUGGUCUGCAUGACAGAUAGACAAACAAUGGUGAUCUAGUUUGUGUGUGUGGCCUCAUUCGCAAUACAGCUAAUUGUGCACACACCCUCUCAGCAUCUUGAUACUCUCUGUGAAAUGUUUUGCAUGUAUUUAUAUGGUGGGGGGGAGUGGGAGGGGUGCUAAAAAUGUCCUGAAAAAUCUGAAAUAUGUUAUUCCACUGAGACGGGAAGAAGAGGAGUAUUCCGAGAAGGGGGAAAUGGGAUGCAAAUUUUGGAACCAAUAAAGCUUGUGGCUGAUGAGCUGAAA